GUUAUUCCUUGGCUUCCUAGAUCGUCCUAGAUGUCCUAGGUUGUCGGGCUGUUGAUUUCCGCGUGUUGUAUGACGAUGAACAAGCUUUCGUAAGCUAUACGUGAAGUACAACCAGCAUGGAUGCAAUAAAGGAGGAACCUGAUUCAAAAAGCGAGACAGACGAAUGUCAAGUAAAUGAGGCAACUGAACCAUUCGCGUUUGCUGCUGUGAAAGUAGAAGUCAAGGUUGAACCACAGGAAGUGGUAGAAGUGAAAGUAGAGCCAGACAUUGAAGUAGGCUUUCAGGAGUAUCAUGCAGAUGUGAAUGCAGUUAGUUCACAGCAGCUGUCAAGUCAAUUUGCUGUAUUAACAACUGGUGCUGGAAACUGUCUAAGUCAGAAGUCAUACAAAUGUUCAGAAUGUGGCAAUUCUUUCCCAACAUCUGGUGGACUGCAGAAACAUUCAUAUAAACAUAAACCAAAAACAUUUUUGUGUGAUAUUUGUGGCCAAAGCUUCUAUCAUCCAAACUUGGUAAACACACACAAGCUGGUUCAUGUAGAUGGAAAACCGUAUUUGUGUGAAAUAUGUGGGAAAAGUUUCUUGCAGGCCUCAAAUCUUAGGUUACAUGCAGUGAAACAUAGAGGGAUCAAGAGCCAUGAGUGUGAACUGUGCAAAAAGAAAUUCUUUCAUGCAAGCACGCUUAAAACUCAUUAUAUGAUACAUAGUGGAGUGAGGCCACAUGCAUGUGAGAUAUGUAAUCGGAGUUUUAAUCAUGCUGGAAACCUAAAAACGCACAUGUUGGUGCACACGAGGGAAAAACCAUUUCAUUGUAACGUUUGUGGUAAGAGGUUUGCUUUGCGUCAUGCCUUGGCAAGUCACCAGACACUUCACACUGGAGAGAAACCUUUCAAAUGCGAUAUGUGUGGUAAGCAAUUCAGACACCGGCAUUCACUAAUUAAUCAUCAGAAACUUCACACUGGAGACAAACCCUACGAGUGCGACGUGUGUCAGAAGAGAUUUGCUUUACGUGGCAAUCUGCAGAGACAUAUUGCUACACAUCGAGGUGAGAAGCGUUAUGUUUGUACUUCAUGCCCAAGAACGUAUGUAGAUGCACAGUCUGUAAAGGGUGAUAUUACAGCUCAGCAUUCUGACGAUAACACAGGAGAGAUUGUUGUUGGUUUUUAAUUGUUUGAUUUAGAAAAUGCUAGUAGUUGUAGCCUUAUUAGAUUUGGCUAAUAGUUUUACAAUGAUAAGUUUUUAUUUAUUUUAUCAAGUGCUUAGUAGACAGUGUGUAUUGGUGCUUCACGGAUUAUUGUACUCUGGUAAGCAACACUGGGAAUUAUAAGUGGUUAGUACCACUGAGUUUGUUGAGGAGAAUGUGUGUUUUAUUUUUGGUUUACAGUCAGGAUAUCCUAACUGUAUUGUCCAUAUUCAAGGAAAACACUUUCAAAUAGGUGAUGAGUUAUCAUCCAUAUUUCCCUGAGGUUUUGUACAGGCAUCUUCCAUGCCCAUGCUA